AUGUUCCACGGCGAGCUGUUUAACGACAAUGGAUUUCGUGGUCCCCCAAGCCCUGAGCGUGAUGCCGCGUGGGACAGAAUCACUCCAGAGGACCCAUUUCCCAUUUCAGCCUCUGAAGUUGUCAAGGUUGGGAAAUCCUUGGAGUCUUCAAUCAGAUACCCCGAGGACAAAGGCGGCCAGUAUGCUGCCAAUCUAGAGGUUUUCCACCAGUUACACUGCCUGAAUCUUCUGCGGAAAGCGACUCAUUUCGAAUAUUACGCCGACAAAGAGAUUAUGUUCAAGACAACACCUCAUAUGAUCCAGGAGCACCUUGAUCAUUGUAUCGAUAUGCUCCGCAUCAGUCUGCAAUGCACGAGUGAUCUCACACUCAUAACCUUCAACGCGUCAACGCCUGAAUUUCCCAUGGCAGAGUAUAUACCUGACUUCUACACGAACCACAGAUGCAGAAACUUCGAACAAACUUUGGAUUGGUACAAUGAUCGCCGGAUACCUCUGCAUUUGACGAGCACCCAUGACACGUCAGAUGAUCGGCCUUGA